AUGGACGAGCCACCUGCUGCCCAGGACCUAAGACUGGACUUCAUUGCAGACCUGGUGUUGAGAACUCUGAAACUGAAGGAAGACAGAUGGCAGAAAUGUGUGUCCAACGAGGACAACGUGCAGGUGUUGCAGGACUUCUUGGACCAAUCGGACCGGAGGACUCUGGUGGUGUGUACAAACUCAGCUGGAUUACCGGAGCCUGCAGCCUCCAUCUCUGCCGGCUCCAAACACAAGACGGUGUACUUUGUUAAAAAAGACAGAGCUCGGCUGAGUCCAGAGUCCCUGAAGGACAGCCUGGUGUGCGGAGACGUGUCUCACGCUCCACUGGACCAGGUCUCUACGUUCGUUCAGGAGGUAGUUUCUCCUAUUGUUGCUUCGCCCUUUAAGGCCCUCGCUAGUGGGUUUUAUCCCAUCACGCGAAGCGUAGCACUUCAAUCUGCAGAUUUGGAAUCCAUUCAGUCUCAGCUAAACUCCCCUAAAGUGAAAAUGAUGUCUCUGGUAUUGGAGGCUGCAGAAAGCAGCUACUCUCCUGCUCUUCAGAGCAUGCAGCAGGAUGUUGUUGCAGCUUUGGAGGAGGCAAAAGACAUUUGCUUGUACCUGACUCCCCUGCAGCGUUUGCUUGAGGACAUGGACAACAUGGAGUUUCCUGAUAUCAAAGGUCACAUUAAACCAUUAAUGCACACAGUUUGCCUGGUGUGGGCCAACUCCAAACACUACAACACCCCAGCACGUCUCAUCACUCUUUUGCAGGCGACAUGCAACCUCUUCACCCAACAGGCCCGGGCAUAUCUAGUUCCAGAGGACGUUCUGAGAGGGGACAUUGUAGAGAGUCUCCUCCGGGUCCAGAUAAGCCUGGAGGUUCUGCAGCUGUUCAAGAGCACCUAUGAAGAUCGUAAAGAUAAUCUGAAACAGUACCAACAAAAUGGAACUGUGAUUAAACCUUGGGAUUUUUCCCCACUGUUGGUUUUCUCUGGGUUUGAUCAGUUUAUCUGCAGAGUCAAAACUAUCAAGGACAUCCUGUCCACGGUGUUAGAUCUGCUAAAACUUAAGAAACUGGAGGUGGGAGGCAUUCGAGGCCGAGCCCUCAACCAGCAGCUCCAAAGUAUUCACCAAGAGUUCUUGGAUACUUACAAACUUCUCACAGAGAAGCCGUACGACUGCUUGGAUAUCAGCAACAUGGAGUUUGAAAAAGAUGUGAGGGAGUUUAAGCUGAAGGUGGAAGAUGCAGAGUGGCGACUGGGAUCUGUCUUCUGUCAGGCUUUUGAUGACGCCUCCGGAAUGGAGCACACCUUCAAGGUUGUAGAGAUGUUUGGCAGCCUGCUGGAGCGUCCACAGGUCGCCUCAGAUGCUCAGAGCAGAUUCAUUUUGCUUUGGUCCAUCUUUGACCAAGAACUGGACCACUGUAAAGUCCUCUUCAACAAACAUAUGGAAGCUGUAGAUGAGCUGGACUCAGCACCGGUCAAUAAGAACAUGCCUGUUGUAGCUGGGGGACUGAAAUGGGCUCGUGAGCUGCAGCAGCGCAUCGAGACCCCCUUCUCCAAACUCAGACACCUCUCCUACCCCUGUCUGGAGUCUGCAGGCAGAAUCGGGGUCAUCCAGAAGUAUGAGGAGAUGAUGCAACUGUUGGACAUAUACUCUGAAAGCUUGUUUAAGACAUGGACAGAGACAGUGGACGAAAGUUUACAGCACAACCUCAGUUUGCCGUUAAUCAACAGAGAAUUGGACUCUCAUCUGAUGUCAGUCAACUUCAGCCCACAGCUGGCAUCUGUGCUCAGGGAGGUGAAGUAUCUCGAGGGAGUAUACUCUGAGGCCAUCCCAGAGACUGCUCUGAAGAUCUACACCAUCAGAGAUCAGCUGCAGCAGUAUGUGGCCAACCUGGAUCUCACUGCGGUCCAAUACAACAAGGUGAUGCACACUUUGCUGGAUGUGGAGCGUCAUCUGGUCCAGGACCAGCUCAAGAACAUUGAUGCUCAGCUUAGACAGGCAGAAGAGAGUCUGAACUGGAACAGCCAAGGGAUUUGGCAGUAUAUCCAGGAAGUGCGAGACUCUGUGUGUGACUUGGAGAACCGACUCCAGAGGAUCAAGGAUAAUGUUGAGGCGAUCCAGAGCUGCAUGAGGUCUUGGGUCAUCCCCAUGUUCGAUAGGAAGGAGAAUAAAAAAGACGCCCUGCUGAGCCUGGAGGACAGGACUGAAAGGGUUGAUAAAUUUUACAGUUUGGUACGCUCCUCUGGAGAAAAGAUUCACUUCCUCCUUAAGACAAACCAGUCAAUGUUUAACGCUGAGCCUUCCUCAGAGGAGUGGAAGGCCUAUGUGGAGUAUAUUGACAACAUGAUUAUAGAUGGCUUCUUCAACAGCAUUGAAUGUUCACUCAAGUUCUUUUUGGACAACACUGACCAAAGAAUGGUGCUGACCCCUCUCUUUGAGGCUCAGUUGGAUUUGAAGGUUCCUGACUUGGUGUUCACGCCCUCUCUGGAGUAUGGGCUUGGAGACUGUUUCUUUGAGAUGGUGGAGAGCCUCAUCAACAAUGUGUUCAGGAUUACCACACUGGUACCACGACUGGCCCAGCACAGUUCCUUUCCCCACUACCAGACUGAUAUGGAAGGGCUAGCUGAGCUGGCAGACAUGCGUCACCUCCUCAUGGAGCGCGUAAAGAGCGUCAUGACAACGUGCUGUGAGUUUCGUAACUCUCUGGAGCGUUACAGCUACCUGUACAUGGACGACAGGAAAGAGUUCUUGCGUCGGUUCCUUGUGUACGGGCAUGUUUUAACAAACCCUGACAUGGAGGCUAUCGCUGACAGUGAGGUUCAAGAGAGCCCUCCCACUCUGGAUGAUUUCAGAGAACAGAUGGACAGUUACGAGCGGCUCUAUGAGGAGGUUCAGGACCUUCAGGUUGUGCAUGUGUUCCAUGGGUGGAUGAGGGUGGAUGGCAGCAGGAUGAAAAGUGCUUUACUCAAUAUCAUCAAAAAGUGGAGUUUCAUGUUCAAACAACAUCUGACUGAUCUUGUUACCAACAGCCUGUCAGAUCUAGACCGAUUCAUUGUUGUAACUGAGACUGGCCUGAGGCAGCGGGUGCAGGACGGGGACUACAGUGGUCUGAUGGAGGUCAUGGGUCACUUGAUGGCUGUUAAAGAAAGGCAAGACACUACAGACAUCAUGUUUGAGCCUCUGCAGCAAACCAUCGCUCUGCUGAAGAUGUAUGAACAGGAACUUCCUGAAGUGGUUUAUAAACAAUUAGAGGAGUUGCCAGAGAAGUGGAACAAUGUAAAAAAACGGGCAUUAUCAGCUAAACAACAGGUGGCGCCGCUGCAGGCCAUUGAAGUGGCCAGUCUACGGCGAAAAUGUGCUUCGUUUGAUGUUGAACAGCAUGAUUUUAGAGAACACUUCCACCACAGCGGACCUUUCAGGUUUGACAGCAGGAGUCCGUACCAGAUGUUGGACGAGUUUCACCAGCAGAUCCAGGGCCGAGAGGCAGUGAUGGCUUCCCUGCUGGAGACUGCAAGUCUAUUCGAGAUCACCAUCUUAGAGUACAAACAUCUCCAACAGUGCAGACGUGAGGUUGUCCUGCUGAAAGAGCUGUGGGAUAUGAUCUCUGUGGUGGAAUCCAGCAUGGCAGCAUGGAGAACAACUCUCUGGAGAGAAAUCAAUGUAGAGAGCAUGGAGCUGGAUUGCAAACGCUUUUUUAAAGACAUACGUGGGCUGGAUAAAGAGGUUCGAGCGUGGGAUGCUUUCACAGGUCUGGACAGCAGGGUGACGAACAUCCUCACCUCCCUCCGGGCUGUAGCAGAACUCCAGAACCCAGCCGUCCGAGCUCGACACUGGAACCAGCUGAUGGCUGCCACUGGAGUCCACUUCAGCAUUGACCAGGAGGCCACCCUGUCCGACCUGCUGCAGCUCAAUCUGCACUGCUUCGAGGACAAGGUCCGAGGGAUUGUGGACAAGGCUGUCAAGGAGAUGGGGAUGGAGAAAGUUCUGUCUGAGCUCAACUCCACAUGGACAGCCAUGCAGUUCCAGUACGAGCCCCACCACCGGAGCCGGGCGCCUCUGAUCCGGACAGACGAGGAGUUGAUCGAGACUCUGGAGGACAACCAGGUCCAACUACAGAACCUCAUGUCCUCCAAGUACAUCGCACACUUCCUGGAUGAAGUGUCUUCUUGGCAGAACUGCCUGUCAGUGGCCGACUCCGUCAUCGCCGUCUGGCUCGAGGUGCAGCGGACAUGGAGCCACCUGGAAAGCAUCUUCAUCGGUUCUGAGGACAUCCGCUCACAGCUGCCGGAGGACUCCAGGUGCUUUGAUGGGAUUGAUGCUGAUUUCAAAGAGCUGGCGAACGCCAUGCAUCAAACGCCCAAUGUGGUGGAGGCCACGAACAAACCGGGCCUGUUUGGUAAACUGGAGAACAUACAGAGCAGGCUCUCUGUGUGUGAAAAAGCUCUGUCUGAGUACCUCGACACCAAGCGUCUGGCAUUUCCAAGAUUCUACUUCAUCUCUUCAGCUGAUUUGUUGGACAUACUGUCCAACGGGACAAACCCACAGCAGGUCCAGAAGCAUCUCUCAAAGCUGUUUGACAACAUGGUUAAGAUACAGUUUGAAGAUGAUGGAAAGACUGGUGUGGGCAUGUACAGCAAAGAAGAGGAGUACGUCCUGUUUCAUCAGCCAUGCGACUGCGGUGGACAGGUGGAGAUGUGGUUGAACCGGCUGCUGGACACCAUGCGCUCCACCGUCCGUCAUGAAAUGACUGAAGCAGUGAUGACAUAUGAGGAUAAACCCAGGGAGCAGUGGCUGUUUGACUAUCCAGCUCAGGUUGCGUUGACCUGCUCUCAGAUCUGGUGGACGUCCGAUGUCAACAUGGCUUUUGCUCGUCUUGAGGAAGGCUACGACAUCUCCAUGAGAGAGUACUACAGAAAGCAUGUGUCCCAGCUCAACGCCCUGAUCUCCAUGCUGAUUGGCCAGCUCACGCCCGAAGAUCGGCAGAAGGUCAUGACCAUCUGCACCAUCGACGUCCACGCCAGAGAUGUGGUGGCCAAAAUGGUGGCUCAGAAGGUGGAGAAUUCUCAGGCGUUCGUGUGGCUCUCUCAGCUGAGACAUCGCUGGGAUGAAAUGCAGAAGCAUUGUUUUGCCAACAUAUGUGAUGCCCAGUUUCUGUACUCGUAUGAAUAUCUGGGCAACACGCCGAGAUUAGUCAUCACUCCUCUGACAGACAGAUGUUACAUCACGUUGACUCAGUCCCUCCAUCUGACCAUGAGUGGAGCUCCAGCUGGACCCGCGGGCACCGGGAAGACCGAGACCACCAAAGAUCUGGGGCGAGCUCUUGGUGUCAUGGUGUACGUCUUUAACUGCUCUGAACAGAUGGACUACAAGUCCUGUGGAAACAUCUACAAAGGCUUGGCUCAGACGGGAGCAUGGGGCUGCUUCGAUGAGUUUAACCGGAUCUCAGUGGAGGUUCUGUCUGUGGUGGCUGUGCUGGUGAAAAGCAUUCAGGAUGCUAUCCGUGAUAAGAAGCAGAGGUUUAACUUUAUGGGGGAGGAGGUUAAUCUUUGUCCUUCUGUGGGAAUCUUCAUCACGAUGAAUCCAGGGUAUGCAGGUCGGACUGAGCUGCCAGAGAACCUGAAGGCUCUGUUCAGACCUUGUGCCAUGGUGGUGCCGGACUUCGAGUUGAUCUGUGAAAUCAUGCUGGUCACUGAAGGGUUUGUCAAUGCUCGGAUCCUUGCUGGGAAGUUCAUCACUCUGUACACCCUGUGCAAAGAGUUGCUCUCUAAACAGGACCACUAUGACUGGGGCCUCCGAGCCAUUAAGUCAGUGCUGGUUGUGGCUGGCUCUCUUAAAAGAGCAGACCCCGACCGAGCCGAGGACCAGGUUCUCAUGAGAGCUCUGAGAGAUUUCAACAUUCCCAAGAUCGUGACUGACGAUGUGCCCGUGUUCAUGGGCCUCAUAGGAGACCUGUUUCCCUCUCUGGAUGUCCCCAGGAAAAGAGACCUGGACUUCGAGAGACAUGUGAAGCAGUCUGUUCUGGACUUGAAAUUACAGGCCGAGGACAAUUUUGUACUGAAGGUCGUGCAGCUGGAUGAACUACUGGCUGUGCGUCACUCUGUGUUUGUGGUCGGAAAUGCUGCCACUGGGAAGAGUCAGGUAAUGAGAUCACUCCAUCGGACCUAUCAGAACAUGAAGCGUCGGCCCGUGUGGGCAGAUCUCAACCCAAAGGCCGUGACCAACGACGAGCUCUUCGGAAUCAUCAACCCUGCAACUCGAGAGUGGAAAGAUGGUUUGUUCUCCAGCAUCAUGCGGGAACUGGCCAACAUUAGUCACAGUGGGCCUAAGUGGAUUGUUCUGGAUGGAGAUAUUGACCCGAUGUGGAUUGAGUCACUCAACACAGUUAUGGAUGACAACAAGGUUCUGACUCUGGCCAGUAACGAGCGGAUCCCUCUGAACCCCACCAUGAGGCUGGUAUUUGAGAUCAGCCACCUUCGCACUGCGACCCCUGCUACUGUAUCCAGGGCAGGAAUCCUGUAUAUAAAUCCUGCAGACCUGGGAUGGAACCCGCAGGUCUCCAGCUGGAUUGACAAGAGAGUGUUUCAGUCUGAGAAAGCUAACUUGACCAUCCUGUUUGACAAGUACCUACCCUCAUGUCUGGACGCCCUCAGGUCCAGGUUUAAGAAGAUCAUCCCAAUCCCUGAACAGAGUCUUGUCCAAAUGCUGUGCUACCUGCUGGAGUGUCUCCUGACUGCAGAAAACACGCCACCGGACUGCGCCAAAGAACUUCAUGAGCUCUAUUUUGUCUUUGCUGCAGUCUGGGCUUUUGGAGGAGCCUUGUUCCAGGACCAGAUGGUCGACUACAGAGUGGAGUUCAGCAAGUGGUGGGUCACCGAGUUCAAAACCAUUAAGUUCCCAUCUCACGGCACUGUGUUUGAUUACUACAUCGACCCCGAAACCAAAAAGUUUGAACCAUGGUCCAAGAUGGUGCCCCAAUUUGAUAUGGAUACUGAUGCACCACUUCAGGCAUGUGUCGUCCAUACCACAGAGACCAUACGGGUUCGAUACUUGGUGGACCACCUCCUGGAGCACCGCAGGCCAGUCAUGUUGGUCGGGAACGCUGGCACUGGGAAGUCGGUACUGCUUGGAGACAAACUUGACUCACUGGACACAGAGAAAUACUUAGUCAAAAAUGUUCCCUUUAACUACUACACCACAUCUGCUAUGCUCCAAGAUGUGCUGGAAAAGCCCCUGGAGAAGAAAGCAGGGCGCAACUAUGGACCUCCUGGCAGCAGAAGACUGGUCUACUUUAUAGACGACAUGAAUAUGCCUGAGGUGGAUGCUUAUGGCACGGUGCAACCUCACACUCUCAUACGCCAACACAUGGACUACAACCACUGGUAUGACCGUAAUAAGCUGCUUUUGAAAGAAAUACACAACAUCCAGUACGUGUCCUGCAUGAACCCCACGGCCGGCAGUUUCACCAUUAAUCCUCGACUGCAGAGGCACUUCUCAGUCUUUGCCCUGUCGUUUCCUGGAGCAGAGGCUCUGAGCACCAUUUACAGCUCCAUCCUGUCCCACCACCUGAGAGGCAGGGCUUUCAGCCACGCCCUGCAGAAGACCUGCCCCACCUUGGUCCAGUUAGCCCUGGCUUUGCACCAGCGCAUCUCCUCCACCUUCCUCCCCACCGCAGUCAAAUUCCACUACGUGUUCAACCUCCGCGACCUCUCCAACAUAUUCCAGGGCAUUCUCUUCUGUACCAGCGAGUGUCUAACAGCUCCAUCAGACAUGCUGAAAAUCUACCUGCACGAGUCAAAACGGGUCUACCGAGACAAGCUGGUGGAGGAGCAGGACAUCCAGGUCUUUGAUAAGCUGCAGGCAGACACGGUGAAAAAGUUUUAUGAGGACAUGGAUGAGGUACUGCAGCAGACUAGAGAGAUGAACCUGUACUGCCACUUUGCCCGAGGGCUGGGGGAGGCCAGGUACAUGGCUGCAGAGUCCUGGAGCAGCUUGAAUAAAACUCUGCUGGAGGUUCUGGACAGCUACAACGAGGUCAACGCCACUCUGAACCUGGUGCUGUUUGAGGACGCCAUGGCCCACAUCUGCAGAAUCAACCGGAUUCUGGAGUCUCCGCGGGGCAACGCGCUGCUGGUCGGAGUGGGCGGCAGUGGCAAGCAGAGCCUGACCCGACUGGCCGCCUUCAUCUCCAAUCUGGAGGUUUUUCAGAUCACCUUGAGAAAAGGCUACAGUCUCGCUGACCUGAAGAGCGACCUGGCAUCCCUCUACAUCAAAGCUGGCGUGAAGAAUAUUGGCAUUGUGCUCCUGAUGACGGACGCUCAAGUGGCAGAUGAGAAGUUCCUCGUUCUGGUCAAUGAUCUGCUGGCAUCAGGAGAGAUCCCCGACUUGUUCCCAGACGACGAGGUGGAGAGCAUCAUUGGCAGCGUGAGGCCAGAGGUUCGCAGCUCCGGAUUGAUGGAUACCAGAGAAAACUGCUGGAGGUUCUUCAUCGACCGCGUUCGCAGACAGCUCAAGGUGGCUCUGUGCUUCUCACCUGUGGGAAGCAAACUGAGGGUCCGCAGCAGGAAGUUUCCCGCUGUGGUCAACUGCACAGCAAUCGACUGGUUUCACGAGUGGCCACAGGAGGCACUGGAGUCAGUCAGCCUCCGGUUCCUGCAGGAGGUGGAGAACAUCGAACCUCAUGUGAAGGAGUCAGUGAGCAGGUUCAUGGCUUACGUUCACACGAGUGUCAAUCAAAUGUCCAAGGAGUACUUGGCUAAUGAGCGACGCUACAACUACACCACACCCAAGUCCUUCCUGGAGCAGAUUCAGCUGUACCGCAGCCUUCUCGGCCACAGAAGUGAAGAGCUGAGCACCAAGAUGGAGAGGCUGGAAAAUGGCCUGCAGAAGCUCAGCAGCACUUCUGCCCAGGUGGAUGACCUGAAGGCCAAGCUGGCGGCUCAGGAAGUGGAGCUCCAACAGAAGAAUGAGGAUGCUGACAAGUUGAUCCAGGAGGUUGGGAUCGAAACUGAGAAGGUGUCAAAGGAGAAAACUGUGGCUGAUGAGGAAGAGCGGAAGGUGGCAGCCAUUGCUGUAGUGGUCAGUGCCAAACAGAGAGAUUGCGAGGAGGACCUAGCCAAGGCUGAACCGGCUCUUCUUGCAGCUCAGGAUGCCCUGAACACACUCAAUAAAUACAACCUGACAGAGCUGAAGUCGUUCGGCUCCCCUGUUGCGGCGGUGACCAACGUCACGGCAGCAGUCAUGGUCCUGACAGCGCCCAAGGGCAAAGUGCCAAAGGAUCGCAGCUGGAAAGCAGCAAAGGUGAUGAUGGCCAAAGUGGACACGUUCCUGGACUCUCUGGUGAACUUCAAUAAAGAAAACAUCCCAGAGUCGAGCCUGAAAGCCAUCCGGCCUUACCUGCAGGAUCCGGAGUUUCAGCCUGAUCUGGUGGCCUCCAAGUCCUACGCAGCCGCAGGUCUGUGCUCCUGGGUGUUAAACAUUGUGAAAUACUACGAGGUGUACUGUGAGGUGGAGCCUAAACGUCAGGCUCUGAGCAAGGCCAAUGCUGAGCUGGCUGCUGCCCAAGACAAGCUCAGCACCAUCAAGAACAAGAUCAAUCACCUUAAUGAGAACCUGGCCAAGCUCACCACCAAGUUUGAGAAAGCCACCUUGGCCAAGGUCAAGUGCCAACAGGAAGCAGAAUCAACGGCCCGUACCAUUUCGUUGGCCAACCGCCUGGUGGGUGGUCUAACUUCAGAGAAUGUCCGCUGGGCAGAAGCCAUCGAGAGUUUUAAGAGACAGGAGAGAACUCUAUGCGGAGACGUCCUCCUUAUUACUGCCUUCAUUUCCUACUUGGGCUACUUCACCAAACGCUACAGGCUGCUGCUCAUGGACGACUUCUGGAGGCCUUAUCUCAGCCAGCUGGAGGUUCCCAUGCCAGUGACCUCAGACCUGGACCCUCUGGCCAUGCUGACCGAUGAUGCUGACAUUGCAGCAUGGCAGAACGAGGGCCUGCCUGCAGACAAGAUGUCAACUGAAAAUGCUACCAUUCUGACUUCCUGCCAGCGCUGGCCUCUCAUGGUGGACCCCCAACUUCAGGGCAUCAAAUGGAUCAAAAACAAAUAUGGAGAAAAGCUCAAAGUUAUCCGCAUCGAACAGCGAGGUUACCUGGAUGCAGUGGAGAGAGCAUUGGCAGCAGGCGAUGUGGUUUUGAUUGAGAAUAUUGGGGAAACAUUGGAUCCUGUUCUAGGGCCUCUGCUGGGCAGAGAAACCAUCAAGAAGGGCAGGUACAUAAAGAUUGGAGACAAGGAGUGCGAGUACAACCCUAGUUUCCGCCUUAUUCUGCACACCAAGCUGGCCAGCCCUCAUUACCAGCCAGAGCUACAGGCCCAGUGCACCUUGAUCAACUUCACCGUGACCAGAGACGGACUGGAGGAUCAGCUGCUGGCUGCUGUGGUCAGCAUGGAGAGACCUGACCUGGAACAGCUGAAGUCUGACCUGACCAAGGAGCAGAAUGGUUUUAAGAUCACUCUGAAGACCCUGGAGGACAACCUGCUCUCCCGUCUGUCCUCCGCUUCAGGAAACUUUCUCGGAGACAUCAAGCUAGUGGAAAAUCUGGAGAUCACCAAACGCACCGCUGCUGAGAUAGAAGAAAAGGUAAAAGAAGCCAAGGUGACAGAGGCCAAGCUCAAUGAGGCUCGGGAGCACUACCGACCAGCAGCAGCCCGGGCUUCCUUAUUGUACUUCAUAAUGAACGAUCUCAAUAAAAUCCACCCCAUGUACCAGUUCUCACUCAAGGCGUUCAGCGUGGUCUUCCAGAAAGCGGUUCUAAAGGCUGAACAGGAUGAAGCUCUGAGGCAGAGGGUGUCCAACCUAACCGACAGCAUCACCUUCUCCGUCUUUCAGUACACCACUAGAGGCCUGUUUGAGUGUGACAAGCUCACGUACACGGCUCAGCUCAUGUUCCAGGUCCUCCUGAUGAAUAAUGAAAUAAACCCUGCAGAGCUGGACUUCCUCCUGAGGUAUCCUGUCCAACCAGGUGUAACAUCACCCGUGGAUUUUCUCUCAAACCACUCCUGGGGAGGGAUCAAGACACUUUGCUCCAUGCAAGAGUUCAGAAACCUGGACCGAGACAUUGAAGGUUCAGCUAAACGCUGGAAGAAGUUUGUGGAGUCUGAGUGUCCAGAGAAAGAAAAGUUCCCUCAAGAGUGGAAGAGUAAAAGCUCUCUGCAGAGGCUGUGCAUGAUGAGGAGCCUGAGGCCGGACCGCAUGACUUACGCCAUCAGAGACUUUGUCGAAGAGAAACUUGGAAACAAGUACGUGAUUGGCAGAUCGCUGGACUUCGCUGCCUCCUUUGAAGAGUCCGGAGCCGCUACACCCAUGUUCUUCAUCCUGUCUCCUGGAGUGGAUCCUUUGAAGGAUGUGGAGAAACAUGGAAAGAAGCUGGGCUACACAUUCGACAACAACAACUUCCACAAUGUCUCUUUGGGUCAAGGCCAGGAGGUUAUAGCUGAACAAGCCCUCCAUUUGGCUGCUGAGAAAGGUCACUGGGUCAUCCUGCAGAACAUCCACCUGGUGGCCCGUUGGCUUGGAACCCUUGAAAAACUUCUUGAGCGGUUUUCAGAAGGAAGUCACAAGAACUUCCAAGUGAUUGUCAGUGCAGAGCCCUCCUCCACCCCUGAGGGCCACAUCAUCCCACAGGGCAUUCUGGAAAACUCCAUCAAGAUCACUAACGAACCACCUACAGGCAUGCAUGCCAACCUGCACAAGGCCCUAGACAACUUUAACCAGGACUCAUUGGAAAUGUGCGCUCGGGAGAAUGAGUUUAAGAGCAUAUGGUUUGCCCUUUGCUAUUUUCAUGCAGUGGUGGCAGAGAGGAGGAAAUUUGGUCCUCAGGGUUGGAACAGGUCAUAUCCCUUUAACAUUGGAGACCUGACCAUUUCUAUCAAUGUCCUCUACAACUACCUGGAGGCUAAUCCCAAGGUACCAUACGACGAUCUGCGCUACCUCUUUGGUGAGAUAAUGUACGGGGGUCACAUCACCGAUGACUGGGACCGGCGAUUGUGUCGGACCUACCUCGAAGAGUUUAUCAAGCCAGAGAUGAUGGAGGGGGAGCUGUACCUCGCACCGGGCUUCCCCCUGCCUGGAAACACUGAUUACAACAGUUACCAUCAGUACAUUGAUGACAGCUUACCACCGGAGUCACCUUACCUGUACGGUCUUCAUCCCAACGCUGAGAUUGGUUUCCUAACACAAACAUCAGAGAAGCUUUUUCGCACUUUGCUGGAAAUGCAGCCCAGGGAUGGAGGAGUCGGAGAGGGAGGUGGGACGACGAGAGAGGAAAAGGUCCAUGCAGUGCUGGAGGACAUUUUGGAAAAACUUCCAGAAGAGUUUGACAUGGCUGAGCUUCUGGGAAAGGCAGAGGAGAAGACCCCCUACCAGGUGGUGGCACUGCAGGAGUGUGAGCGUAUGAACAUCCUCACCCGAGAGAUCAGAUGCUCCCUCGGCGAGCUAAGCCUUGGACUAAAGGGAGAGCUGACGAUGAGUACUGACAUGGAGAGCCUUCAAAAUGCUGUUUUCCUGGACGUGGUUCCAGACAGUUGGACCAAACGAGCUUACCCCUCCACGUCAGGCUUGGCCCUGUGGUUCUCAGACCUGCUGGCCAGGAUCAAGGAGCUUGAGGCCUGGUCCUCUGAUUUUAUAUUGCCCUCUGCAGUGUGGCUGGCUGGCUUCUUUAACCCCCAGUCUUUCCUCACAGCCAUCAUGCAGACAAUGGCCAGAAGGAAUGAGUGGCCUCUGGACAGCAUGUGUCUGCAGUGCGAUGUGACUAAGAAGACCCGUGAGGAGUUCAGCUCUCUUCCUCGUGAAGGGGCCUAUGUACAUGGGAUGUACAUGGAAGGGGCUCGGUGGGACACGCAGACUGGUUUGAUCGUUGAUGCCCGCCUGAAAGAGCUCACUCCAGCCAUGCCUGUCAUCUUCAUCAAGGCCAUUCCUGUAGACAAGCAGGACAACAGAAAUGUCUACCAGUGUCCUGUCUAUAAAACCCGCCAGAGGGGGCCCACUUACAUCUGGACCUUUAACUUGAAGACAAAAGAAAACCCCUCUAAAUGGACCUUAGCUGGUGUGGCAUUGCUUCUGCAGGUUUAG